CUCGGCCGCCCAGCUGUAACCAUGGCAACAGGGGAGCGCGCGCCCUCUGCUGAUUGGUUCUGGGAGCCGGAUGCGGAAGGAGACGGGGCAAUACGGCGCCAAAAUGAAAACAGAAGGAGAACUGAGGGAAGCGAUAGCUGAUCUGGUCGUUGGCUUAUCACUGCUGAUCCAUUGAGAGUGCAGAGAUGAGUGGUGAAACCAGUGGGAAGGGUUCUGGACGAGGAGGAAGCGGGUUUCAGAAGUGGAGAGGAAGAGGAGGAUGGCCAGGAAGGGGAAAAGGACGUGGACAGAAAGGAGAUUGGAAAAAUGCUGCUGCAAAGCCGGUGUCUGCUCAACCUCAGCUCAUUCAGACAACAUUGGAUCAAGUUAUUCCUUAUAGAGGCUGGAAACUGUAUUUCUCGGAAGUUUAUGAUGACAACUCCCCCUUUGUUCAGAAGACUGAAGCACUUGAAAAGUUUUUUAUGUCUCGAAUAGAGCUUUAUGAUAAGGAUGAAAUAGAAAGAAAAGGAAGCAUUCUUGUGGAUUAUAAAGAGCUGAUACAUGAUAAAGAAGUAUUGGAAUCAAUACCUGAUAUUGCUGCUGAAUUAAGGGAUAUGCCACAGAAAAUACUGGAUUGCAUGGGCCUAGCCAUACAUCAGGUGUUAAGCAAAGAUCUUGAAAAGCAUGCAGCAGAACUCCAGAAGGAAGAAGGGCUGCCCAUUGAUGAAGAGCCUAUAAUAAAUGUACCUUAUAUUAAUGCAAGAGUGUACAACUAUGACCCGCUUACGCAACUUAAGAAUAUUCGAGCUAAUUGCUAUGGAAAAUAUAUCGCUUUGCGUGGGACGGUUGUUCGUGUCAGUAAUAUCAAGCCCAUUUGUACCAAGAUGGCAUUUAUAUGCAGCACCUGUGGAAAUACUCAAAGCUUUCCUCUGCCAGAUGGAAAGUAUACUCUCCCUACAAAGUGUCCUCUCCCUGAAUGCCAUGGACGAUCAUUCACUGCAGAUAGAGGUUCUCCUUAUACCAUUACAGUGGAUUGGCAGUCUAUUAAGAUUCAAGAGCUUAUGUCAGAUGAUCAACGAGAGGCUGGUAGAAUUCCUCGCACUAUUGAAUGUGAGCUGACUCAGGAUCUAGUGGACAGCUGCGUCCCAGGCGAUGUCAUUACCGUUGCAGGAAUUGUCAAAGUAGCCAACACGGAAGAAGGUGCAUCUAGAAAUAAAAAUGAUAAAUGUGUCUUCUUGUUGUACAUCGAAGCAAACUCUAUCAGUAAUACCAAAGGACAGAAGGCCAAGAACUAUGAGCAUGGCAUAAAUAAUCAAUCCUGCAUGGAAUUUUCACUUAAAGAUCUGUAUGCAGUCCAGGAGAUACAAGCUGAAGAGGACUUGUUCAAGCUCAUUGUCAACUCUCUCUGUCCAACGAUCUAUGGUCAUGAGAUCGUGAAAGCUGGUUUAGUACUGGCAUUGUUUGGAGGAUGUCAGAAGUAUGUGGAUGAUAAGAACAGGAUUCCCAUUCGAGGAGACCCGCAUCUCCUGGUGGUUGGAGAUCCAGGACUGGGCAAGAGCCAGAUGUUGCAAGCUGUGUGCAACAUUGCACCUCGUGGUGUAUAUGUAUGUGGCAAUGCCACUACUACAUCAGGCCUGACAGUAACUCUGUCCAGAGACAGUUCAUCUGGUGAUUUUUCUUUGGAAGCUGGUGCCCUGGUGCUUGGAGAUCAAGGUAUUUGUGGAAUAGAUGAGUUUGAUAAGAUGGGGAGCCAGCACCAAGCCUUGUUGGAAGCUAUGGAGCAGCAGAGUAUCAGUCUUGCUAAGGCUGGCAUUGUUUGCAGCUUGCCGGCGAGGACAUCCAUUAUAGCUGCAGCAAACCCCGUUGGAGGACACUAUAAUAAAGCCAAAACUGUGUCGGAGAAUUUAAAAAUGGGGAGUGCUCUCUUGUCCCGGUUUGACUUGGUGUUCAUACUUCUGGAUAUUCCAAAUGAAGAUCAUGACCAUUUGCUUUCUGAACAUGUGAUGGCAAUGAGAGGUGGAAAACAGUCUGGAUGCAGCAGUGCUGUGGUGACUCGCCCAAAUUCCCAGAAUUCAAAUAGAUCGCUCCUUGAAGCAGUUUCAGACAAACCAUUAUCGGAGAGAUUAAAGGUCAUUCCUGGAGAAAGCUUUGACCCCAUUCCGCACCAGCUGCUCAGAAAGUACGUUGGUUAUGCCCGGCAGUAUGUGCAGCCCAGGCUCUCCCCAGAAGCUGCUCAGGUCCUCCAGCAUUUCUACCUUGAGCUCCGACAGCAAAGUCAACGAGCAGAUGGUACUCCCAUCACCACCCGGCAACUAGAAUCAUUAAUACGUCUUACAGAGGCACGAUCGAGAUUAGAAUUAAGAGAAAAGGCUACCAAAGAAGAUGCUGAGGAUGUUGUGGAAAUAAUGAAAUACAGCAUGCUGGGGACUUAUUCUGAUGAGUUUGGGAAGCUGGAUUUUGAGCGCUCUCAACACGGUUCAGGAAUGAGCAACAGGUCACAAGCAAAGAGAUUUGUUUCGGCCCUCCAUGGCAUUGCAGAAAGAACCUACAACAACCUCUUUGAGUUUCAACAGCUUCGGCAGAUUGCAAAGGAAGUAAACAUAAAAGUGACUGAUUUUGAAAAUUUCAUCAGUUCUUUAAAUGAUCAGGGCUAUUUCUUAAAAAAAGGUCCUAGAUUAUAUCAGCUUCAGACAAUGUGAAGGAAUUUAACAAAUGGGGGAAAAUGAAGAAAUGCCUUCGAGCAGGACCAGAAGAGAUCAACAGCAAAGGGUAGUAUGACUGAUAUAUUCCAGCCAAGUCUUUGAUGCAAAGUCUUGUUUAAAACCAAUUAUACCAGUAUACCAAUGACUGUAAUAGUGCGAGCAGAAUAACUGCACAGUGAUUAUUGACACAGUAUUGUCAUAGUGGAGAAAACUGCUUUGGCUACCAUUGGUAUUUUCAAAUGCUAAAGGCAUUAACAGAUGAAAUGGAUGACUGGCUUAGUGUUUUAUUUCAUCUUCAAAAGCAGCUAAAAGAAAGUAAAUUGGGUUGCUGUGAGUUUUCCGGGCUGUGUGGCUAUGUUCCAGAAGCAUUCUCUCCUGAUGUUUCACCCACAUCUAUGGCAGGCAUCCUCAGAGGAUGCCUGCCAUAGAUUUGGGUGAAAUGUCAAGAGAUCAUGGAACAUGGCCAUACAGUGUGGGAAAACCCACAGCAACCAAGUGAUUCUGGCUAUGAAACCCUUCAAGAACACACAGGAAGGAAAUUAUUUUCCCUAUUCAAGGGAAUAGGGAAGCCAUGCCAUGUAUGGCAGCAAAGAAGGAAGUGUGGAACUCUUAACUAUUCUUUAAUGAUUUUCCUCUGAAUAGAGACAUUUUAAUAUGCAAUAAGUAUCAAAUGUUAUUAACCAUAAUAUUUUUGGAUGCAAAAUGCCAUUAUUUAAUAUUUCUAAGUGUUCCUGUUGAACUCUAAAAUGUUGCUUGAACAAACAAAUUUGUGUAUAUAUUUACAGGCACAUUGUAACAACUACAUUUUUAAACUACAAAGGUAAACUGUUUGCAUGAGUGGGGUUCCGAGUGUUCUUAAAUAAGCAAAACCGCCUAAAAAAGAAUACGUUAGAUUGUUUAAAACCAACAAUGAAUAAAGAGAAGUCUAGUGUGUUAAAA